AUGUCCGCCGCAUAUCCCGAAGGCGAGUGCUUCUUCAAGCGUUCCGCCUUGAAGACAUCCACGUACGAUGCCGACAAACCUGAGCAUUUCUACGCCCAUAUGAUGGUCGAGUACAUCCGAAAUAAACCAGCAUUCCAUGGUUCCUACGAAAGUGAUUAUGAUAAGGAUCGGCACUUUCAUCUACGCUCAAACUAUGAGGUAGUGAAGGGUGACUGGUGGAACACAGUCUAUGGUAAUUGGACCAAUAUUUCAUUUCUAUAUGGUAAGAAACCAUAUCAUGAUCAAUACAGGCAUGCCGUGCAUGAUCUCUGUACCAAUGGAAACAGCUUUAGAGAUCAGGAAAAGGGAGCAUCACUGGAGUCAUGGUUCAUGAUGAUACCAAUGCCGAUGUUGGCAACUGGUGAAGAUUGGGUUCUCAUAGAUCGCUUGGCAUAUAUCCGUGGACUAUAUAUUCCUAUCGCACAUCAGGCAUCUGAAGAUUAUCCCGAAGCGUGCACAUUCCUUCAAGUGAACUUCGCCACCACCCGAGAGGUUCAAGUCCUAUCCUAUUGGGAGGAUAGAUUGGAUAAUUGGCGUGUAGUGAACCAUGACCAGACCCUGAAUCUGGAUGCUACACUUGGUCUACAACCAGAUGUAAAACAGACUAUGGCAAUCAACAUACGAGCACUAGUGAACCUGCUCUCACUGCCUCGAUGCCUUAGGUCUUCCAACGCUUUCUCCUCCAGGAGUAUACUCAUGGUCAACCGAGGGUUAGCAUCCACAAAAGAGGCUCCACAAAAGUUUACUUCCUCGGUUGAUCUAAGUUGGACCGACGUGGCCAGUGCUAAUUAUGGACUAGCUAUCCAAUGGAAACCUGCUCAAGCCAAUGAUUGGAUUUCUCAAUUUAUCAAGAAUACUGUGACCACUGCUGUUGGCUUCGUGCCCUUCAUUGGUCCUCUUGCGGCUGUUGCAUUCCCACUGGCAUGGUCCGCAAUCGCGGAUCCGGACAGCUUCGAGGACACCCUACGCGGGCUACACAUAGCCGCAGACUUAGUGAUACAUAUACGCGAGGAGAUUGAGAGAAGUGCUCAUGAGCAGAGGAAAUUUAUACCAGUGGAAUGGGUUGGUAAAUCGGGUGUCGUCUUGUUCGGCAUUGAGAUGAAGGACAUUCCGAUAAAACCAAAUGUUGAAGCUAGGCCAGUGGUAGAUGAAGCGAAGCGAAAAGCAACCUUGCAGAAAAUUGAAUCUGCUAGGAAGUUCCAGCAUUGGAAUCUCAUCAAAGGUCCGGGGCAAAGUGCGGAGAAGCCGAAAGCUCAGACAGCAGCCGUCAGCUCUUCACAAGCGGAUCAGGAGUGGAAAGCGCCCUUACCAGAGGCUCCGAGGAAGUUAUCUCUGAAUGAUAUGGGACCCAGCACAUCUUUUCAAUUUGCUGGCCUGGUGCUUGAGAACUCUGGGGAUAAUCUAGCGCUCAAAACUGCUGAGAUUGGAUCGGAGGACGACAAAAUUGGAGAAGUUCUGAAGAAAAUUGUUCCUGAUGAGACUAUAGUCUCUGAUGACACACCAGAGAACGACUAUAACUGGAUGGAAGUGUACCUUCAGGGAUUAAUGGAUGGGGAUGCACAGAGUUCGCGGGAUAUAGGGCAGGAUAUAGGGGAUCUGCACGAUACAGAAGGUACGCAGAACGACGAAUAA